GCACGUACGGCGACGUGUCCGCUAGUGUGCGCGUGUAUAUAAAUCAGUUCUGCACCUCAAAUCGCCCACCUCACCGGUCAAGUCACCGCGCGCACGGUGCCGGACGCCAUGAGGAAGCCGGCGAGGCGCUCGAACUCGAACAAGUGGCGCAGGGGCGGCAGCGAGAAGGCCGUGCCGCCGGCGAAACAGCGGCUGUUACUGUUAGUCGGUCAUGGUGGCGUCGACUCGUUCGACCGGCUCCCCGACGACCUCGUGCUUGCCGUGCUCGCCGGGCUGGCCGCGCGCGCGCCGUGCCCCGCUGACCUCGCCGCGGCGGCGCUAACGUGCAGGAGGUUGCGGGAACUCGCGGCGCACCCCGCGGUGUUGUCGCAGGCGUCAGCGGCGGCCGUUGCCGUGCGCGCGGGAAGUUGGUCGGAGGCGGCGCACCGGUUCCUGCGGCGGUGCGCGGCUGCCGGCAACCUCCACGCCUGCUACUUCCUCGGCAUGGUGAGGUUCUACUGCCUCGGGGCCAGGGCGACGGGAGCGGCGCUGCUGGCGCGUGCAGCGGCAGGCGGUCACCCGGCGGCGCUGUACGCGCUCGCCGUCGUGCAGUUUAACGGCAGCGGCGGUGACAAGGCGGAUAAGGACCCCCGCGCAGGCGUCACGUUGUGCGCGCGCGCCGCGUGGCUGGGGCACGCCCCCGCGCUCCGCGAGCUCGGACACUGCCUCCAGGACGGCUACGGCGCACGCCGCGACGCCGCGGCAGGGCGUUGCCUCCUGCUCCACGCCGCGGCGCGCGAGAUCCUCUCGUCGCACUGCCGGGGCACCGGCGCCAUCUGUGGCCACUGCGCCGAGGACGAUGCCGCCAGCCGGUUCAUGGUGGAGUGGUGGGCGCUUACCGGCAAGUCCGCGGCGGCGGCGGCACGAGAAGGUGAUGGCGAAAGCGAUGACACAGACCUGCGGCUGUGCUCGCACGCGCGGUGCGGGAGGCGAGAGACGCGGCGGCACGAGUUCCGGCGGUGCUCGGUGUGCGGUUCCGCCAAUUACUGCUCGCGUGCGUGCCAAGCGCUGCACUGGAAGCGAGUGCACCGCGGGCAGUGCACGGCCGCCGCCGCCGGCUGGCUCGUUGCUGGGGACGCGCACUGAACGCCAGCUGCUCGACAAGUCGCGCAUGUACAUAGCUUGUGCAUACUAGGUACCAGUCAGCAUAUUAGUUCUUGUAAAUUAUGAGGCUAAAAUAGGGCAUAGUGAGUUAAUUUGUUAAUUUGGCUCUAUCAUGGGUUAGGGAUAAUGAUUAGUGAGUUGUUUUGAUGUUAAUGGUGGUGGCCCAAUAAAUAGCAGCAGACAGUGAUUGUAGUA